AUGCCGAUUUCGCUCCGCUCGCUUGCGGAAGAAAAUCUGGAGAGACAGCAGCCAAGCCAAAGUUUGCAGGAGCUUGCAACAGCCAACUAUGAUACCCACAGCGCGCGCGGGGAGGUUGGUGGCAGCCAGGACAGGCUUGUCCCGCCUUCGUUGCGAUGCGCCUCAGUAGCACCCCGGCUAUGUAGUCGUCCAUCGACACAUCCGACUCGAUUACACUCCUCCUCAAGCCGGCGGCAGCAGGCCGAAGUCUUCCAUACUCAGCGCGAGGACCCCACCGCCUCCUCCUUCCUCCCAUUCCUGAAUUCCGCCCCUUCGAGACCUACAGUCCCCCAGACCCUCACCGAGAAAAUCGUCCAGCGAUACGCCGUGGACCUCCCUGAAGGCAAGUUCGUCAGAUCCGGCGACUAUGUCACCCUGCAACCCCACAAAUGCAUGACCCACGACAACUCCUGGCCGGUUGCGUUGAAGUUCAUGUCCAUCGGCGCGUCGAAAGUGCACAAUCCCGACCAGAUGGUCCUGACACUGGAUCACGAUGUCCAGAACAAGAGCGAGGCCAACCUCAAGAAGUACAGGCAGAUUGAGGAGUUCGCCAAGAAGCAGGGCAUCGUGUUCUACGGAGCUGGUCGUGGCAUCGGACACCAGAUCAUGGUCGAGGAGGGCUAUGCCUGGCCAGGCACACUUGCAGUUGCCUCGGACAGUCACAGCAACAUGUAUGGCGGUGUUGGGUGUUUGGGAACUCCUGUGGUGCGGACCGACGCCAUGAGCAUAUGGGCGACCGGCAGGACAUGGUGGCAGAUACCGCCAAUCGCCAAGGUUACGUUCACGGGUGUGCUGCCCAAAGGCGUGACGGGCAAGGACGUGAUUGUAGCGCUUUGCGGCCUGUUCAACAACGAUGAGGUGCUCAAUCAUGCUAUCGAAUUCACCGGAUCGCCCGAGACACUCUACAGCCUCCCUGUGGACGACCGGCUCGCCAUUGCAAACAUGACCACUGAGUGGGGCGCGUUGGCCGGUCUCUUCCCUAUUGACUCCGUUCUACAAGGUUGGUUGCGAGGAAGGGCGACGGAAGCAGCCAUGUUCGGCGCUGCAGGUCUCGGAGAGGACAAGGGCACUGCCAGCAGGUUCGGCCACGCUGCUCUCGAUGCCCUCUUCGAAUCGCCAGUAGCUGCAGACAAAGGCGCAACGUACGCCAAAGAACUCUAUCUCGACCUCUCCACGCUCUCACCCUACGUUUCCGGACCGAACUCUGUAAAAGUAGCUACGCCUCUCCAAGAACUCCAAGGCCAAUCCAUCAACAUCAACAAAGCCUACCUUGUCUCUUGCACCAACUCUCGCCGGUCAGAUAUCGCAGCCGCAGCGAAAGUCUUCAAGGAUGCUGCGGCCACGAACAAUGGCAAAAUCCCCAAGAUUCCGGACCGUGUCAACUUCUACAUCGCCGCCGCAAGUUUGCCGGAGCAGCAAGCAGCAGAAGAGCAAGGCGACUGGCAAGCGCUGCUAGAAGCCGGCGCGAAGCCUCUACCAUCUGGCUGCGGCCCGUGCAUCGGUCUCGGCACGGGACUGCUGGAGCCGGGUGAGGUGGGCAUCAGCGCCAGCAACCGAAACUUCAAAGGCCGGAUGGGCAGCACGGAUGCCAAGGCGUAUCUCGCAUCUCCGGAAGUAGUUGCGGCUAGUGCGCUGAACGGCAAGAUCUCUGGCCCGGGCUGGUAUGAGAAGCCUGAGGGCUGGUCGGGUGUUCAGCGAGGUGAAGGUGAUGGGAUCAGGGACGAGGAUCGGAUGAUUACUAUUGAGGACGCGCUUGACAGAAUCAUCAGGGACGCAGAGGAAAUGGUUGCUGAAGGCGAGAAAGCCGUCAGCGCAACAACAACUCCAGCCACCGAGAGCAAUCCCUCAGCAUCGGAUCCGCCAACAGGUCUGACAGAAGUUCUACCGGGCUUCCCCGAGAAGGUCAGCGGAGAAAUCGUCUACUGCGACGCCGACAACAUCAACACCGACGCCAUCUACCCCGGCAAAUACACCUACCAGGACGACGUGACCCGCGAAAAAAUGGCACAAGUCUGCAUGGAAAACUACGACCCCUCCUUCUCCAGGACUGCAAAAGCCGGCGACAUCCUAGUCGGCGGCUUCAACUUCGGCUGCGGCUCCUCCCGCGAGCAAGCCGCGACCGCCAUCCUCGCAAAGGGCAUCCCGCUCGUCGUCGCGGGCAGCUUCGGCAACAUCUUCAGCAGGAACAGCAUCAACAACGCCCUGAUGGGCGUGGAGGUGCCUAAGCUGAUCCAGCGGCUACGGCAGGCGUUUGGGUCCUCUAACCCUGCUGCACCCCUGUCCUCGUCAUCCUCGUCACCUCAGCAGCAGAUACAGGAGCCAGAGGGGAACAGGCAGAGUCUAGACACCCCGCCGCCUGGGCCGGUGGCGAGGGCGGAUGAGAAGGCGCUGACAAGGAGGACGGGCUGGACGUUUGAGUGGGAUGUCAGGAGGAGCACGGUUACUGUGCAGGAGGGGGAGGGCGGGGAGACGUGGAGUCAGAAGGUUGGGGAGCUGCCGCCGAACGUGCAAGAGAUUAUUGCGAAGGGGGGCUUGGUGGACUGGGUUAAGGCGAAGAUUGGAGGAAGUUGA